ACGACGCCGUUUCAGUUUCGUUGUUCGGCGUUGUUUCGUUCAAUUGACUAAAUUUUCUCUUCCUUUCUUUUCUCCUAUUCAUUUCCUUGGGUAAAAAAUUCCUUCUCUGUAUCGGCGGUCGCUGUUCUGUCUCCUUCGCAUCUAAAACAUCACUUAUUCUUCUUACUUUACAAAAGUCUAAUGAUUCAUCUAAAAAAAAAAAAAAAAUCCUCUGAUUUGCUUGUAUAUACGGAGAAAGGGAGAGAGGAAGUUUCAUCGACCAACAUCUCUGUAAUCGGCAUUCCUUUCUCACCGCGAGAGUGACUGUAUAUUUUUCCAAUGGAAGUAGCAUGAAAAUGGAUGAAGGGAGCAGCAAAACUGCUUAUACAGAUUUUCUAUUACAGUGGAGCCAGUGGCAAUUGCUUGAUUCCAUUCUUCCUACAGGUGGUUUUGCUCAUUCUUUUGGUCUUGAGGCAGCAAUUCAAGCACGCAUAAUCUUGGGCUCUGAAGAUUUUAAGACUCAGGUGCUUCACAUUUUGGAGAAUACAGGGAGUUUGCUUCUUCCUUUUGUGUACUCUGCUACCAUCUCUCCAGAUAUCAAUACUUGGAAAAAACUUAACACCAUAUUGGAUGCAACUUUAACAAAUGAAGUAAGUAGAAAGGCAUCUAUUGCACAAGGAUCAGCUCUUAUGAGGGUAGCUGCUUCUGUGUUCACGGAAGUCCCAUAUCUUAAAACUAUGAGAGACACAUUGCUUGGUUCUGGGGUCGUUUCUUUUCACCAUGCACCUGUUUUUGGCAUUAUAUGUGGACUAAUUGGAAUGGAUAGUGAGACUUCUCAAAGAGCUUACAUGUUUAUAACAAUGAGAGAUGCUUUUUCUGCUGCAACAAGGCUGAAUUUGGUUGGACCCCUAGGCUCUGCUGUCUUACAGCAUCAGCUUUCUGUUAUUGCUGAAACUAUAUUGAAAAAGUGGAUGGACCGUACAGUUGAGGAAGCAUGCCAAACAGCUCCUUUGCUUGAUACACUGCAGGGCUGCCAUAGUUAUUUGUUUUCAAGAUUGUUUUGCUCUUGAUAUCUCAGGUAAAUGCAUAUACUCUUGAUAAACAUUCACUUUUCUAUUUUCAAUUUGCAUGUCAUGUUAACAUAAGUCAGUGAGGAAUAUACUCUUAGAGCAUCCCUCUAGGAUUGGAUUAAAGUCGAGAGGUUGAGUGCUUGCCUGGUAACGGAGGCCAAAGGUCCAAACCUUGGCCCUUGAGAAUUUCAUUUGGCAGAAAAUUAAAUGUUUAUUUUACAAGUCAAAGAGAAAUAUGUUUUUCCUUGAUUGGGCUAGCUAAUAGCAUAAGGUUAAGUUUCUGCGAUCGGUUGAUAUUGUUCCAUCUAAAAAAUAAACAUCACUAAAUUAAUAUGUAUUUAAUUCGCUCAAAAAGAAUCAACUUUGAUUCCAAAAAUUUUGUACAAUUAAUAUUUUUAUUGUUUUUAAAAAUAGAGAUUAAAAACUUGGUCAUCUAUGAAAAAAUAAAUAUGAAAAAUAAAAAAAAAUAAAAUUACGGAAGAAAAUGAAUAAAUUUGAAAUAUUGUUAUAUUAUAAUUAUAAAUUUCAAAAAAAAUAUAUGAAUAAUAAACAGAACUGUUUUGAGAGAAGAUGAAGGUUGUUCAGGCUAAUCUUGAAGCCUCAUCGGUGUAUCAUAUAUAAACAAAACUGUAGCAGAGGCUGUUAUGGCAGAGAAGAGGGAUUGCAGUUGUAACCUCAUCUUUUGAGUUGAAUAUAUUAAAUUUCCAUUUAAAACCCCAUUUUCAACCCUAUUAUCUUUUUAAGUACCUUUACAGUUAAUUGUUUGUAAAAAGGUAACUCAGUGCAUAAGCAUUCCAUAUAUGUUGAUUCUGAAGGAAGGUUACCGCAUGCAGCUUUCUCUGUUUUUGGCAGAUCAGAUGUUUUCAUAUAUAAUACAUUUCCAUUUUAGAAACCUCAUCUUCAAUUUCAAGCCUAUUCUCCCUUUAGGCACCUUUGCAGUUAAUAUUGUAAAUUUUUAACGGCAAGUGUCAAGAAAUCUAAUCAAUAAGUUCUACAACAGACUUAGAGCGUGGUUUUUUGGAUUUCGACAUCCAUUUCAUUUCUAUUUCGAUUUCAAGUAAACAAAAAAUUCUCAAGAAUUAACUAAACAUAGUUAUAAUCCAAUGCUACCCUGCAUUAUAUAUAAGUAUGAAAUAAUCAAAGUUGCAAAACACUAAAACUUUUGAAUACUAAAACAAUAACUAUAAAAUUGAUAUGUGGUGUUUGCUAGAAAAUUGCUUUUGGAAGGAAUUGAAGACUCAAUUGGAAAGGGACAAUCUUUUGACCAUUGUUAUAUUUGCUGUGGUGAUUCUUUGUGACAGGGAUAAUUACUUUCAAUAGGUAGGAAGGGAGAUUAUUUGUGUAGUUUGCAGUUUCUUUUGUUGUGGUUAGCUCUGAUGUAGCAAAAGUUAGUUGGUAGUGCCUAUGAAAAAAGUAAUGAAAGAAACCAGUUUUAUUUGAGCUUAUUCAA